AUGACCUUUACAAUUGAGAAGGAGGUGUUUGGUGAUGAUCAUAGUACCUUCGUUUUGCCUGAAGAUAUUACACAGUUAGCAGGCAUGGAAGAAAUUGGGGCUACUGUGGUUGCAGUAUAUAUGAGGUGCCUAUUUGAUAAUUUGAAAGCUGCAAAUAUGUUCAACAUGGUUGGCUUUAUCGAUCCUGCUCAAGUUAGUGCCAACGCUAGGUCAUUAACUGAGAGAUCACGCUUGGUAGCCAAUCGACUUCAGAAGACAGAUGGUGAACAGAUUUUCAUGAUGCCUUACAAUCCAGGCCGUCAUUGGGUCUUGCUCAUUGUGAGAGCAAAGAAGGAAACUGUCUAUUUUCUGGAUCCUCUACCCGGAAAUCGAGCGGUUGAUGAGGAGGCCAAAAACAUGUUGAACAGUGCUAUCAAAAUGUAUAAUUCACACAUAGGCAGACAAGGCCGUAAAGCAACCAUUUGGAAAACUCUGUCAGGCACACCAAAGCAACCAAGCAGUGUAGGAUGCGGCUAUUAUGUCAUGCGCUUCAUGAGAGACAUCAUCAUGGAUCCUUCCCUGGAGUUUGAGAAGACGUUUGCGAAGGGAAAAGAUCAAGCUCCGUACCCCCAAGCAGCCAUUGAUGAAGUCAGGAAAGAAUGGGCAGAGUUUGUUUGCCUUCAUAUGGAGUAG